AUGGCACAACCAGCGACGCAGAGCUUGAAGUGCGUGGUUACGGGCGAUGGUGCAGUCGGCAAAACAUGUCUUCUGAUAUCCUACACCACCAAUGCCUUCCCGGGCGAAUACAUUCCUACAGUCUUCGACAACUACUCGGCGAGCGUCAUGGUCGACAACAAGCCCAUUAGCUUAGGGUUGUGGGAUACGGCCGGACAAGAAGACUACGACCGACUGCGACCCUUAUCAUACCCGCAGACCGACGUCUUUCUGAUCUGCUUCUCGAUCGUGAGCCCAUCGUCGUUCGACAACGUCAAAGCCAAGUGGUACCCCGAAAUCGAGCACCACGCGCCUGGCGUACCGAUCAUCCUCGUAGGCACGAAGCUCGAUCUCAGAGAUGACCCCGAAGUGCGCGAGCAGUUGCGACAGAGGAAGAUGGCGCCCAUUCAGUACGAGCAAGCAGUGCAGGUGGCCAAGGAGAUCAAGGCGGUGAAAUAUCUGGAGUGUUCUGCUCUAACCCAGCGGAACCUGAAGAGCGUGUUUGACGAAGCUAUCAAGGCCGUCAUCAGCCCCCGACCUCCCACCAAGGUCAAGAAGUCGAAGUGCUCGAUCCUUUGA